AUGGAAGAAACAGGAGGAUCCACUUGUCAAGGACAGUCCCCACCUCUGUCCCCUGGCUCGAGCCUGAACAUGGUCCUGCUCGGGGAGAGGGAGGCAGGGAAGAGUGCAGUUGGUAAUGCCAUCUUGGGCACCAUGGCCUUCGACCAGGUGGGGGUGAGGACCAGGAUGAGUGUCUGCCGAGAGGGCCUGGUGGGGGGAAGGCGGCUGGUGGUUGUGGACACCCCAGGCUGGGAAUGGUUCAACCUGGGCGGUGCCUCAGCAUCGCCUGCAGCCUUAAGGAAGGAGAUAGUCCGUAGCAUGAGACUCUGUCACCAUGGCGUCCACACCCUCCUUCUAGUUGUGCCUCUGUCAUUCUCCUUCUCCAAGCGAGAGCGUCAUGUAGCAGAGGAACACGUGGAGCUGUUCGGCCCGCGGGCCUGGAACUACACGCUGGUGCUGUUCACCAUAAAGGACAGCAAGCAGCUGCGUGUGUGCAGCGUACAGGUUGAGGUGGAGGGGAAUGGAGAGCUGCAGAAGCUGGUGGAGAGGUGCGGAGGGCGCUACCAUGCCCUCCAUGGGCAAACUAGCAGGAGAAGGGACCAGGUGACCAGCCUUCUAGCUAAGAUCCAAGAGAUGAUCUCUGCUAAUGGAGGAUCAGUGCUCCUCAGUGAGGAGGUGCUGCAGCUGGCCAGGGAGAGAGAGGAGAAGCAGGAGAGGAUGGAGGAUCAAGAGAAGAGGAAGAGAGAAGAAAAUGUGCAAAGAGUCAGGGAAGCAUUCAAAAAGGAGAGUGAGGAGAGGAUGAGAGGUGGUGAAAAACAGGGUGACACUGAAAAGAGCAGAGGGCAGAGGGGAAGAGUGGAGAUGGAAACAGAUGGACAGUCCCCACCUCUGUCCCCUGGCUCGAGCCUGAACAUGGUCCUGCUCGGGGAGAGGGAGGCAGGGAAGAGUGCAGUUGGUAAUGCCAUCUUGGGCACCAUGGCCUUCGACCAGGUGGGGGUGAGGACCAGGAUGAGUGUCUGCCGAGAGGGCCUGGUGGGGGGAAGGCGGCUGGUGGUUGUGGACACCCCAGGCUGGGAAUGGUUCAACCUGGGUGGUGCCUCAGCAUCGCCUGCAGCCUUAAGGAAGGAGAUAGUCCGUAGCAUGAGACUCUGUCACCAUGGCGUCCACACCCUCCUUCUAGUUGUGCCUCUGUCAUUCUCCUUCUCCAAGCGAGAGCGUCAUGUAGCAGAGGAACACGUGGAGCUGUUCGGCCCGCGGGCCUGGAACUACACGCUGGUGCUGUUCACCAUAAAGGACAGCAAGCAGCUGCGUGUGUGCAGCGUACAGGAUGAGGUGGAGGGGAACGGAGAGCUGCAGAAGCUGGUGGAGAGGUGCGGAGGGCGCUACCAUGCCCUCCAUGGGCAAACUAGCAGGAGAAGGGACCAGGUGACCAGCCUUCUAGCUAAGAUCCAAGAGAUGAUCUCUGCUAAUGGAGGAUCAGUGCUCCUCAGUGAGGAGGUGCUGCAGCUGGCCAGGGAGAGAGAAGAGAAGCAGGAGAGGAUGGAGGGUCAAGAGAGGAGGAAGAGAGAAGAAGAAAACACCAUGAAGGCACUGAAAAAGGAGAAAAGAGGAAAGGGUGAUGAAGUGUGA